CCCGCGGGUAGUUGUACAAGACAGACGUAUAAAUAAGUUGCCUACUUUAUAAAUACAUUUUAAUUGUUUUUAUUAUUUAUUUUAAUCUAAAUUUAUGUACCAACUUUAAUUACUGCUGUUAUCUGCCAGUGGUUACGUUAUCUCCUCUCUAGUUUUCCUUAAUAAAGAAAUGGAGUCAAUUCAAGAAUCUCUAGAACAAAUGAAGGAACAUUUCUCAAGUAAGAUGGCGGCAUUUCAGGAGGAUCUUCACAAGGCUAGUACUGCACCGAUUACCCUUGCUUCAUUAGCAACGGACUUCAGCGAUUUCAAGUCCUCCAUCUUAGCUACAUUGAAGAUUCUACAACAACAGGUUGAGGUUAUCGCCAAGCAGCAAGACCAGCUUGAAAUGCGCAACCGUCGCAAAAUCCUUCUUGUGCAUGGUGUUCAGGACAGCGGCAAAGACACAUCUUCAGAGGUGAUAAAAAUUAUUACUGAGCGACUCAAUCUACCCAUCACUGAAGAUUCCAUCAGUCGCAGCCACAGGAUGGGACGUAAGUCUGGUGAGAAGCCUAGGCCAAUUUUGGUGAAGUUUCGCAAUCUUGAAAUUAAGGACAAAGUUUGGUUCUCAAAAACUGGGCUCAAGAAUAGUGGCAUCACUUUCUCUGAAUUUCUUACCAAGGGCAGACACGUCGCUUUUAUGGCGGCUCGGAAGCAUUUUGGUAUAUCCAAGUGCUGGACUCGUGAUGGAUCGGUGAUUGUCGAUGGACCAGACGGUAAGAGACGACGUUUAAAUUCAAUUACUGAGUUGAAUCGUCUAAUCGAUUCAUUGCCGGGUACAGGUACUGGUGAGGUCAAAUUGCCAGCAAGUGUUUCGGCCGCUUCGAAGACAAUGGAUAGGCGGGAUCAGGCUGGAUUGAGUCGCACUAAGCGAGUUACCAAAAGAAUUUAGAAUUGUAUAAGUUAAUAUUUUAAUUAAUUUAGUUUUUUUUUUUUUUUUGUAAGUGGGUGUUUGGUUAUUUUCGCUCUGCUGGUAGAUGGUUAUUUAUUUCAUGACUUUAUUUAUGGCUGGCCCUAUUUAUUUAUACUAUAAUUUCAUAUGUCCAUAUUUUACAUUAUUCUGUGCUUAAUAGUGAUAAUCUUGUUGUUUUUUUUAUUAUUUACUAAGUGCUAAGCAAUGUAACAUCAAAUCUGUCAAUUUUCACUAACUACUAAUCUGGCUCAUUCUCAUUGUAUCUUUAUAC